GGCGUGUUUGAUUAUCAACAGGUUGUCAUACAUCUGCAAAAUGGCACACAGGAGAUUAAUUGGCAGAUGUUUGGGGGGAAUUUAUUUGUAAUUUAUCGAAAUCAUCAACGCUGCAAAUCUGCGCGUAAAAGUGCCUCUCGCUGCAUCCGAUGCACGGCACGAAACUUUUACCAAGCAGUACUAUUUAUUCCAUUUAAACGAUGCGGAGAACCGCGUGCAAGGUGGCACCUAUUAGACAGCUGCAUGUCUUGGUCCAAUCGGUUGUAUUUUCUGAAAGAAGAUCUUCAGAAUGAGUGUCCUUCGGCGGUGACGUCAGGAGCAAAGAGCAGCAGGCAGAGCGCAGAAGAGGCGGCAAACGAAAGAGGACAUAACCUGUGUCAGCCAGAGCGCAUCUCCUCGGCAAAACUUCUGCGGCUCAGUCCGAGAGCACGGAGGACAGCAACAGAACCACCCUAACAACUAAAAACACGAAAAAGACGCGCAAACGCACACACACACACACACACACACACACACACACACACACUAAAGGAAGAGAAGACCGUCGCUGCGAGCGAUGAACAAGUCUGUCGGUUUGAACGCGAGUCCGCCGCAGCCGCCGCGGGUCGGCGGCUCCGGGACCGCGGACCACGAGCUCGUCAUCACCUCCACUUUCGGGACGCUCCUCUCCGUCGUCUACAUCGUCGGCGUGUCGGGCAACGUGUACACGCUGGUGGUGAUGUGCCACUCGAUCCGCUUCGCCACCUCCAUGUACAUCUCCAUCAUCAACCUGGCUCUGGCGGACCUGCUGUACCUGUCCACCAUACCGUUCGUGGUGUCCACCUACUUCCUGAAGGACUGGUACUUCGGGGACGUGGGCUGCCGCAUCCUGCUCGGCCUGGACCUCCUCACCAUGCACGCCAGCAUCUUCACGCUGACCGUCAUGUGCACGGAGCGCUACCUGGCCGUGACCAAGCCGCUGGACACGGUGAGGCGCUCCAAGAGUUACCGCAAAGCCCUGGCGUGGGGGGUCUGGCUGCUGUCGUUGGUGCUCGCGGUGCCCAUGAUGGUGAUGGUCACGCAGACCACCAAGGAGACACCGGACGGGGGCGUGAAGCGGAUAUGCGCGUCGACCUGGGCGCCCCUGGUUUACAAAGUGUACCUGACCGUCCUGUUCGGCACCAGCAUCAUGGCGCCGGGGCUCGUCAUCGGAUACCUGUACGUGAAGUUGGCGCGCACGUACCUGGAGUCGCAGCGCAACUCCGAGAUCAGCAGAGGCAGCAAACGGUCCCCCAAGCAGAAGGUGCUGAUCAUGAUCUUCACCAUCGUGCUGGUGUUCUGGGCGUGCUUCCUGCCGUUCUGGAUCUGGCAGCUGCUGUCCUUGUACCGCACCGAGCCCCUGAAGCUGGCCUCGCAGACGCGCACGUGCAUCAACUACCUGGUGUCGAGCCUCACGUACAGCAACAGCUGCAUCAACCCGUUCCUGUACACGCUCCUCACCAAGAACUACCGAGAGUACCUGAAGAACCGGCACCGGAGCUUCUACCGGUACACGUCGUCGUUCAAGCAGCGGCCGGCCAGCCUCUACUCGUGGGGGAAGUCCGCGUCCUCAAGCAAUCAGUUCGAGUUCAACUCCGAGACGCUUGCGAUGGGGGCCAUGAAGUGACUUGAGAAGCACGUGGGAGGCAGGAGAAAGUUUUUGGAGGCGCAAUAGGGCUCGUCCACGCCAGUAGGCAGCACCAUCGCCCGCGGGCCGCACUCAGGGCAUGGCGGGGUCCGAGAUGGCGUGCGCCGGGUCACAGGUGAAGGACACGGUGAUGGCGUAGCGCGUCCCCCACGCCACCUUCUCCA